AUGUUCCGUAAACCGGUAAAGAAACGUGCGCAAGUCCAGGUACGUCAACGUCAAGAAGAGGAUUUGUCCGGAGAUGAAGAUACGAGUGUUGUUAAGGACGUCAAAAGGCGAAAGCGAGCCAAUCCAUUCCAGCAAUCGACGUUGAAGUCUUCAAGAACUGCCGGUGCUGAAGAAUCGACAUCUAGCGAUGACUCAGAGGAGGGAAAUGCUGGCGUUGUGGCAGAGCAUUCUUUCGCUGCGAGUGGAAGUGCGGCUCCUUUAGGACCGAGUGACCAAGGAGCUACUGCUACAUUGGAAGUUGACACCGAGUACACAGCGGAUGCACAAGCGCAAUUUGAGAGAAUCCAGCAACAGCUCAAAGAAGGCCUUGUCAAGGACGGGAAAACACUUUACAAAGGACAGGCGAUGUAUGGCGCUAAGGAAGCCAGGGACACCGUUAAAGGAAAUGCUAGCAGUGGCUUGAAUAGGAUUGGUCCCAUACGUGCGCCACAAUUUCUUCGCCAAACUGUUCGUUGGGACUAUGCACCUGAUAUUUGCAAGGAUUACAAGGAAACCGGCUUCUGUACAUUUGGGGACUCUUGCAAGUUUCUUCACGAUCGUUCUGAUUACAAGCACGGAUGGGAGAUCGAGCGAGAUUACGCCUCUGGACGGCUAAACAAGGUUGACGAAACUAAUUACGAGAUCAACGAGGAUGAAGAUGGAUUUCCCGAGGACUGCUUUAUUUGUGGCAAGCCGUUUGUGUCACCAGUGGUGACAAGGUGUAAGCAUUAUUUCUGUGAAAGCUGUGCGUUGGCUGCAUUCAGAAAGAACAAGCGUUGCGCUGUUUGUGGCGAAAAUACUGGAGGAGUGUUCAACAUCGCAAAAGGCUAG